AUGGACAUGUUAGCUGAUGAACCUAUUGACUUCACUGUUACACGUUUGCCAUUCUUCCUGCGGCCAGAGCUCCCUGGCAUCAGCAAGACCCUGCUCCCGCCCUCCGAAGAGGCGUCCCUCGCCAAAGCGCCGAUUCCCGAGGGGAAGUGGAGCUUGAAGGAAUCCCCUGGCACUUGGGGCGACCAGAUGGACAAGUACACGAAGAAAAACCCGGAGAAGUUUGGUGGCAAAGACCAGGCCCCGAACGCGCGCUACGGCAUCAGUUGGCAAGCUUCAGAGGUGGGCCUGAAGUUCGUGUUCAACCAGGCCAUGAGCAAUUCGAUGGAUGCUCUGCGAUUGCUGAUGAAGGUGCAGCGCGAGCAGAGCCCGGAGGUGAGAGAGGACUUCUUCGAAAUCCUCUCCCGCAAGUACUUCUCUGAGGGCCAGGUUCUGGCCGACCACCAGGUGCUCCUGGAGGCCGCCUCCGAAGCAAAAAUUCCGACGGAGGGCCUCCGCGAGUGGCUGCAGAGCGGCGAGGGAACUUUUGAGAUCCAGCGCAAGUACGCCGAGAUCUUCUACGGUUGGGGGUACACCUCGGUCCCAGUUACGCUGGUGAGCUGCGAAGGUGUCGACCAGCAUAUUCAGGGCUCUCAAAAUCUGGAGGCCUACCUCCAGGUCUUCCGCAGACUGCUUGAGGAGCCCCUACCACAGAAGUCGGCUGAGGAGAAGCUGCCCAUCUGGGAGAAGUACAGCCACGUCGCCCGUGCCACCGGCACUGCCCACGGCAAGGACUUUGCCUAUGAGGGCAGGCAUGGCAAGAGUAUUGCUGGCUUUCUUCUGACUGCAUACGCGCGCCGGGAUCGGAGGUACUCCGCCGCAGGUUUCGCCAAGGGCGUGAAGCACACUCGGACAAGUGAUGGCAGAAGCAGGAUGAUCCUGCUGAAGCAGAAGGAUGGCUCUAUCUCGUCCUAUACCAACAAAGGGCCUUGCUCUUCGCAAUGCCCCAAGACAUGUGGCGAGCACAAUCAUCGGUUCUAUGAUGGAAGUACGAGGCCCGACACACAGCCAUCCUCCGGCAAGAUGCAUGAGCUCAUGAAAGUAGGGGUCAGUGGUCUUGGUGAGGGCCGUUGCCUCAGUCUGUGGAGUGACCGUGACAGUGCAUCGGCUUAUGCUAACAGAGUGCACGUCCCUGUCUCCUUUGCCACCGUGCUGUCUGCAUGUGUGCAGAAUGCAGUGCGGGUCAACUCCGCCAGCUUGCAUCCAACGUUCGCUUCGAAGCAGGCGGCCAUGCAGCAUGGUCUGAAAACGAUCUGUGAGACCACAGGGAGAGCUCUUGCCGACAAGGGACCAUCUGCAAUGUUGGAGAAGAGCGCGGUUCCUGCAUCGGUUCAGGAAACUCUUCAGGCCGCUUCUGCAUUUUGCAAUGCAGAAGGCUCCACAUUGGAGAGGUUGCAUGCCACCGGAGAGACUGUGGCAGAGCCUUUGCUGCUGAAGGCAUGCGAGGCAGGGUUGGAGAAAGGAGGUGUGCCUCUGGCUCCUACUGGGUUCAUCAAUGAGCCGACUUGCAAGGGCCUGGAGCUAGCGGGCGGCUCAAGUAUUUCGGCAGGCGUACGAGAAAAAACUGGGGAAGCUGUACUGAAGGAUGGAACAGCUGUCCACCAGCAACAGACGGAGACGGGUGUCCAAUUCCGUGUUGGUGGCGGGACCGUGUUAGAUGUGUGCGCCGGCACCCAUGUCCCCGUUGCCAGUGAGCUGGCAAGCGCCAUCGGGCUCAGCGGCAAUGUAGGCAGGACAGAGAGACAGGAGACCCAUGCGAAGUCUUCCAUGCUCUCCUCUUCGUCAUCUUCAACUCAUGAAACCAUUGAUGGCGUUGCUGGAGGUCUCGAUGUCCUGGGUGUUGAGAUGCUCAAUUGUGACACAGGCGUGUCGCAAAAACGCUUGCUGAAAGAAGAAAGCUCUCUGACAUCCUCCACGAAAGAAGAGACGUUUGGCCAUGCCGUGAAGGUUCUUGGCACAGACGUCAUGUCAUCGUCGAACAGCAAAACUUCAGCCUAUGACAGGACUGGCGUAUUUGAGUCCAAGCAAGUGCACACCGAGACCAGCAAUUUGAAGGUCAUGGGGGCAACAGUUUCUUGUCAGGAACAUUUUCGGCAUGAGGAGCGGAGAAGCUUUGCUGGAUCCUCCACCAAGAUACAGGACAACCGCAACGGCAUCCGCACUGAGACUGAGGGCUACGGUGCUUUUGGUAUGAACAUACUGGAAGUGAAGACGACAGUCAAAGAUGUUGCUGCGGAGGUACCUAGCAAAUCGGAAAGCCUGGGCGAGGACCAUACCGCGGUGAAGGAGCAUCUUCCAGAACCGGUUGGCGCGAAGAUCCAGCAGCACCGCUUCGGCCAGGAGCAUCUUCCAGAACCGGGUGGCAUCAAGAUCCAGCAGCAUAGCUUCGGCCAGGAAACGUCUACGACGGAGGUUCAACUUGGUGAAGGUGGCCAUUUGCUGGUCGGUGCUGCUGCAGGUGGCGCGGUGGAUGCUGCGUGCGCCCUUGCAGAUGGGCGCGGCGCCGCAGAAGCACUGCAUGAUUUUGCUGCCAGCACAGGUGAGAACCUGACCGCUUGUGCUUUCAUGCACACGACUAGGCUUCCAAUGUUUUCCGCUAGUGACCAUCAUGCAGAGCUUGUGUUUGCGAACGGCGUGAGUCUUGGAGUCGGAGAGCAGUCGAACCAGCUCAAGACGCUUGAUGGGACAGUCUCACAGCACACAUCGGGUCUGCAAAUUGGUUGCGGGAUUCCGGGGGAUGUGCUUGGAGUUGUCCAGGCCCAGGCUGCCAUUGGUGUGACGGAGGACUCCGUUCACAAAGAAACGGGCCUUGAAGGCGGAACGGAAACGUUCGAUGAGAAGGUGAAGACUGAGGGUGUUGAGCUCCGGCUUGGUGUCGGCAAUUUCUCCACCGCGCCAGUGCGCAUUGGCCAUGUGAAGUCUUCUUCAAGGGACGAUGCCCAGACUCACACCAAGGGAGGGGGCACCAAGCAUGAGGUGACAAGGCGCACAUACGAUGGGUACAACUGGUUGGUGGCUUCGUCGGGAUCUGUGACAGAAAACACCGUGGUCGACAACAUUUCGCAGGAUGGAACAAGGUCAUAUCAUCACAGCAACUUUGAAGGUCAGCAGACUGGCUUCAAUCUCGGCAUCUUUGGCAGGCAGGAAGAAAUAGGGAAUUUUGAGGAGCACUCUGGUCAACAGCAGCACAGCUGGACAACACCGGAUGGCGUCCAUCACACAGAGCAAUCGGCGGAGACUUUCCAAGGCCAGGAAGAUCACGUGACGCAUUCUUUCCUGUUCUGA